AAAAUAAAAUGAAUAUUAGCAUAUAUCCGAGAAGAGGUUGAGAAAAUUGCAGAAUUUGUAUAUAGCAUUGCUAAAAUUUAGCAUAUCCUGAUGGGCGUGGAUGAGGAAAUACGAUUCCCUGAUUGGGUGUAUGUAAUCAAGGAUUGAUGAUGAAGAAUUCAGAAUCGUCCUCCCCCCGGAAAAGGGCAAGCUUGGCGAGGUGGGUGCAGUCAGAUGGGGGGCAGAGCAGUUUCCGGUACAUCCCCGCCCCCUCCAUGGAAUCUCAUCAUGAGACGCGCCUCCUGGGCUCCCUGGUCCGCAAACAAGGCCACAUUUAUUCCCUGGCGGCGUCGGGCGACCUCCUCUACACGGGGUCCGAGAGCAAGAGCAUCAGGGUGUGGAAGAACCAGAAGGAAUUCUCGGGCUUCAAGUCCCCCUCGGGCCUCGUCAAGGCCAUCAUCAUCGCCGCCGACCGCAUCUUCUCCGCCCACCAGGACGGCAAGAUCCGCAUCUGGAGGGCCUCCCGCAAGGACCCCACCUUCCACAAGCGCGUCGGCACCCUGCCCACGCUGCGUGCCAUGAUCAAGAGCUCCUUCCACUACUACCGCAACGCCAUGCACACCGACGCCAUCUCCUGCCUCUGCCUCAGCGAGGACAAGUCCCUCUUGUACUCCGCCUCUUGGGACAAGACCUUCAAGGUCUGGCGCAUCUCCGACUCCAAAUGCAUCGAGUCCGUCCCCGCCCACGCCGACGCCGUCAACGCCCUCGUCGCCGCCUGCGACGGCUUCGUCUUCACCGGCUCCGCCGACGGUACCGUCAAGGUCUGGCGGAGGCAGCCCCUCGCCCGCAAGACCAAGCACCUCCUCACGCAGACGCUCCUCAAUCAGGACUGCGCCGUCACCUCCCUCGCCGUCGACCCCUCCGGCAAGUUCCUCUACUGCGGCUCCUCCGACGGCCUCGUCAACUUCUGGGAGUGCGGCACCUUCCUCUGCCACGGCGGCCUCCUGCGGGGCCACAAGCUGGCCGUGCUCUGCCUCGCCACCGCCGGGGACUUGGCGUUGAGCGGCUCCGCCGACACCAACAUCUGCAUUUGGAGGAGGGACGGCAGCCAGCACGUCUGUUUGUCCGUGCUGACGGGGCACAGCGGCCCCGUCAAGUGCCUGGCCGCCGAGGUGGAGGAGGAUCACGAGGGGGAGGAGAUGGGAGCCUACUGGCGCCUCGGCGGCGGCAGGCACUACACCGUCUACAGCGGCAGCAGCGAUAAGUCCGUCAAGAUAUGGAAGGUGACGCAGGCAGCGCGGCCACCCCCGCGGCUGCCGUCGAGGCCGUAUCGGCAGAUGGCGGACUUUCUGUACGGAGCUUCCACGUGCAAGAUUGUUGCGGCGGAGCAAGAUCAUGCGCGUGCUGUGUUUAAUCAGGCUGCAUGAAAUUCUGCAUUCUUGAAAUUGUUGUGUAUGCUAAUAUUUGGGAGAUUUUUUACGUAGAUUAUACUUCAAGUUUUAGUGAUUUGGAUACAUGACAUGAUAAUGUAAUCAUAAAACGAUAUUUCGAUGAUGUAAGGGAAUGCCAUUCAUUCUACUGUACAAGAGAUGAACAACAAGUUGCAAGAAUUCUAGGGUGUGUUUUGUUCUCAA